GCACCAGCCACUUCUACUGCCUUCAUCCCAGUCCUGCUGUCCCUCCUUCCCUGCCCAAGCUCUCACAUUGCUUGGCAGCCCAGGCCAGUGACCACUCUCAGGAGGACAGCAGAGGAGCUGCGGGAUGGACGAGAAAAGCAAACUCCAAGCAGAGAAGCACCUCACAGGAACACUAGUUCUCUCUGUCUUCACCGCGGUGUUGGGCUUCUUCCAGUACGGCUACAGCCUGGGUGUCAUUAACGCCCCCCAGAAGGUGAUAGAAGCCCACUACAGCCGUAUGCUGGGCAUUGCUCCCCUCGAAAGACAUGCUGCCAAUGCCUCUGCGGAGGAUGGCAUUGUCCCUAGCACACAGCCCUGGGCUGGCACCACGGGCACAAUCACACCCGUGGCUGACACCAGCGAGGACCUCACCACCUCCUCACACAUCCUCACCAUGUACUGGUCCCUCUCCGUCUCCAUGUUUGCCAUUGGCGGUAUGAUCUCCUCGUUCACCGUGGGGUGGAUCGGUGACCGGCUGGGGAGGGUGAAAGCCAUGCUGGUGGUGAAUGUCCUCUCCAUUGCUGGGAACCUCCUCAUGGGGCUGGCGAAAUUUGGGCCGUCUCACUUACUCAUCAUCACCGGGAGAGCUGUCACAGGGCUGUACUGCGGGCUCUCCUCUGGACUUGUGCCCAUGUACGUCAGCGAGGUCUCUCCCACGGCCCUCCGAGGAGCGCUGGGGACGCUGCACCAGCUUGCUAUCGUCACGGGUAUCCUCAUCAGCCAGGUCCUUGGACUAGACUUUCUCCUGGGCAAUGAUGAGUUGUGGCCCCUGCUCCUCAGUCUGUCUGGUGUGGCUGCUCUCCUGCAGUUCUUCUUGCUCUUACUGUGCCCUGAGAGUCCCCGUUACCUUUACAUCAAACUGGGGAAGGUGGAGGAAGCUAAAAGAAAUUUGAGAAGACUCAGAGGAAACUGUGACCCGAUGAAAGAGACUGCUGAGAUGGAAAAGGAAAAACAAGAAGCUGCUAGUGAAAAGAAAGUCUCAAUAAGACAGCUUUUCACCUCUUCAAAGUACAAGCAGGCUGUCAUCGUGGCGCUGAUGGUGCAAAUAGCUCAGCAGUUCUCAGGAAUCAAUGCAAUCUUUUACUACUCUACAAACAUUUUCGAGAGAGCUGGAGUUGACCAACCAGUUUAUGCAACCAUCGGUGUUGGAGUUGUGAACACAGUCUUCACUGUUAUCUCUGUCUUUUUGGUGGAGAAGGCAGGCAGGCGGUCCCUGUUCCUGGCUGGUUUGAUGGGCAUGCUAUUAAGUGCUGUGGCCAUGACAGUUGGACUUGUGCUCCUGAGCCAGUUUGCUUGGAUGAGCUACAUCAGCAUGGUCGCGAUCUUCCUCUUCGUCAUCUUCUUUGAAGUUGGGCCUGGCCCCAUCCCUUGGUUUAUCGUGGCUGAACUGUUCAGCCAAGGCCCGCGCCCCGCUGCCAUUGCCGUCGCUGGCUUCUGCAACUGGGCCUGUAACUUCAUUGUGGGAAUGUGUUUCCAGUACAUAGCGGAUCUCUGUGGACCAUACGUGUUUGUGAUCUUCGCAGCUCUGCUUCUAGUCUUCUUUCUAUUUGCAUACUUCAAAGUACCAGAGACGAAAGGAAAGUCCUUUGAGGAGAUUGCAGCUGUGUUCCGCCGCAAGAAGCUCAUGGCCAAAACGAUGACUGAGUUGGAAGACCUGCGACGCAGCGAAGAGGCGUAGACAUGGCCACACACCCAGAAAGGACCGAGUAUGGACCUCCUUCAGGUGCUGCAGAAAGAACGCUGGGCAAAAGUCUUAUUUCACAGAAACUUUGGAGCUGGCAGACCAAGAGGACCCAUCCAUUGGAUGCCUUCUGGCUGCUGCAGCUCACACCUCCAAGCCACAGGUGCCAACCUGGCAUUUUCCUCUGAAACACUCGGUACAACUAGGCUGCAGAAAGAGCCAGGGAAAGGGCACAAAGAUUAUGUUACAUGUGUGCCUUCAUGACACACUGGGACAAUGAUAUUAUUAGCUGGCAAAGCAUUACAUUGAGCAGGGUCAUCACUCAGCUGGAAUGAAGGAAAGAGGGCUCAGCUGAUGCUGCAGCCUCAUGUUUUCACCUCUUUGUCCCACGCUUACUGCUUCCUUCUUCUGAGUGAUCUGAUGCACUCAGAAAACAACAGCUGGUGAAGGUUGUGGCACAGCGACAGCACUGACUGCCUCAGGUGCUAUGGAAAACAGACUAAGCAAACUCCCCCUUACUCCUGCCUGUGCAGGGGAAGAAGGUGAAUUGGUUGGGAUGCAUCUUGCUUGCUUCGCUAUCCAUGCAUUAUAGAAAUGUUGUCCAAUCUCAUAAGAAUUUAUCAAGUCACAAGACUUUUUAGGAAAAUCUUAGAAACUCUGGCUGGGGCUGAUGUGCUUUUUUUUUUUUUUUCCUUUUGUUUUAGCCAGGCUAUUUACCUCCUCUUUCCUCCUAGGAAUCAUUUCUUGCCUCCUUUAUCCUUGCUGCGGCACAAGACAGCACAUCACUGACUACACAACAGCCUGGGCUCUCCUUUCCCCUAGGUCAGGAGACUCAUGUCCUGCUGCCACCCCUCCCAUGGUGUGACCAUCUCCAGGCCACCUCCGCUUGCUGCUCCUCCUUCUCCACCCUGUGAAUCUGCCUUCCCUUCCUUUUGUACAACACUUAGAUCCGCAGGCUCCAGCUUCAGCCAAGGCCUUGGGCUGCCCAUAUUGUAAGAAUAAAUGAUGACUCAAAGAGGAAAUGGGUACUGCAGCAUAAACUGGAAGGUGCCCCACUGCUCUGACCCCCACUUUGCACCCACUUAUGGUUUUGCUGACUGUAUUUGCUUCAGCCAAGACAGUGUGCAAGCAGGAGGUUGUGUUGUUUCCAUAGCCUUAUUUGUGAUUGUCUUGCUUCUGUAUGAGGUACCUUUAUAUGGCAAAAUCAAGCUAGAAGGAUUUUUCUUCCUUUUUGGCAGGAUGUGUAUGAAACACUGUAAAAGCCUGCUCUCUGUUUGCUUGACUUUUAAGAUUUGCAUGCUCCUUGCUGUGAUACCAGGUUACUUUCUAGCAACUUUAUCAGGAUAGAAACCCAUUAUUUAUUUAGAGACAAACACCAGCGUUGCUCAGUCACUGUGAGCUCAUCACAGCUACCAGUGAAACAGUGGCCAUAAAGUAACAGAGGAUCAAGCAGAAUGAAAAGCCUGAGAAUAGUCAGGCCAAGUUGGAUCAUAGGCUGCAGCUACGGAUUUGGUUUUAGGGAAGGUUCAUGCUCCUUUCUAUGUGUCCAAACUUCUUUCCUCUGUAGACCUUACUCUCUUGGUAUUAAGGUACCAGAGCAAAUUUUGGUCCCUUCCAAGUAACUAGCAGUGUAGCCACAAGGUCCACUGGGGUAUUGUCUGGCUCUGGCCUGGCAGUAAGUUUGCACCAAAGGCUUUUCUGGAGUAACUGCUGGGAUUUAACCAGAGGAGAACUGGGUCAGUGCUGUCAUGUGCUAUAGCAGUGAGAACCUGGGACUGACACAGGGCAUGCAGGGCAUGUAGGAACUAGGGCCCAGGCUGUGGUGCAUAGAAGAGAGCAGCAGAGCUGGGGUGCAGUCUCUGAGUCAAACUGUCAGUCUGUGUGCUGCAAACAGGUCUCCCCAAGUGAGACUAGCUGAGAUGACAGGCUCAGAAGCUCUCCACGAUGUCUGCUGCAGUUAGUUAAAUAUUAUAAUGAGUUGCCUGAAUGUAAAAGAAGGGAAAAAAUAAAAGAGAUGGGUUCUUGCUUUC